CUCUUCUCCGUGUAUGACUCAGUAGAAUAAGUUUGCAGAGCAAGAAAAACAACGAAAGGAAGAAGAAGAAGAAGAAGUAGCAGAGCCUCGCCGUCGCCGUCGCCAUGGAGUUCGGAGCAGCCACCGCGACUCUCACUAAGAAGCUCUCGAACGGCUAUGGCGUUUCUGGAAGAUCCGCAUACGACGGCGUUUUCGCUACUCCGAUUAAGCUCAGAACUCCGAGUUUCUCUUCUCAGUUCGAAGAUUACUGCGAGAUUUUUGGUGGCUCUGGAGCUUCCCUCGGUUCCUCGAUUCCGAUUCUCGAACUUCCGGAGCUCAACGAGAGGAGAACGAUGGAUGAUGUUCGGCGCUCGAAGCUCGAUUACUCGAAGGUGUUCGGCGGGUUUGGGAAUCUAGACGCUGCUGUGCCUUUUCAGGAGAUGGUUGCUGAGCCUAAAGAGAAUGAUAGUUUCACCAAUGGUGCAUCGGCAAGGUGUAAAGUCAAAGGAGGAAACCAAUCAUGCCAGGAUGAUUGUACUAGUACUAAUUACUCAAAGGAAAUUCCGGUGGUAUCAAGGUCAUCCAAUGGUACCAAAAGGAUCAAUAUGUCAUAUCAUAAAGUCAAUCAAGGAAGUGAAAAUGGAACAAAUGUGAUGACGCAUAUAGCUCAACUCCAAGCUGUCCCUGCUUACACUUGUUUAGUUGAAGAAGUCAAUUCGGUGAAGAUGAACAAAGCUAAUAAUUCUAUACCGGUAGCACAGGAUGCUUAUUCUGGUAGUCAUUGUAAUGAGGGGAUAAAGGAAGGUGGACAUUGUACUAAAUCAUUUAUUGGUCCUUCACCUGCUAAUGCUAAGAAACAGUCUUCCAACAGUGAAAUGAAAGUUAAAAAUAGAUCUGAUUCUAUUGACUUGUUUUUUGAUGCAUGUGAGAUUAGCAAUGGAUGUAAUGAAACACAUCAUGUCAAAUUUCCUCCUUCAGAGGCUAAGGCAAGUAACUUGGAUAAUCAUAAUGGUGACACUAUGAGAUCAAUGGCAACCAAAUGCCAGGCGUCUAAAAGUGGCCCGUCUGAAGGUGCUUCUUGUGCUGAUUCACCAUCAUAUGUAGAUGACAUGAUAGACUCAAAUUCAGAGGCUGCUGCUUCUGUAGCUGCUUUAAGAAAGGCAAUAGAAGAGGCUCAAGUAAGAAUAAAGGUUGCAAAAGAGUCAAUGAGAAGAAAGAAAGAAGGUUUUCCUGAUCGUGUCAAACGGAAAUCUAAUAUUGAUGUGAAAGCUGAGGGAAAAAAGGAGACUAAACUGGCAUAUAAAACAAUGAAACAUGAAGAGAUUAAUACAGGGCAAACAUUUGGAGAAAUGGAUGCUUUGCCACAAGUUUCUUCUGGGUUAGGAAAGCCAACGAUGAGAAAUGAGCAAGUAAGAUCAGAUCUUGGGGCUAAAGAAAUGUGUGUUGCCAAAGAAGCUGUACAAGAAGCUCAGAAGAAAUUGAAAUCAACUCAAGUAGAACAUAAGGAAGAGGUUAAACAGAAAACAGAUCAUAAAGGAAAAGUUCUUGAGCUUAAAGAGGCAGAAAAUAAUAGGGAAAUGCUGUAUAUUAAAACCACAGGUAGGAAUGUCUAUGAAAAACCAGAAGAAUCUGAUCAUACAACAGAAGUGGUUAAGGAAUAUUGGGAACAGGAGAAUAAUGAAGAAAAGGUCUGCGGGGGUAGUGAGGCACGUGCAUUUGAAGAACUUGUCCAUGAACCUAAUCAUGGUUGUCAAGUUGUAGACGAAACAAAAGUGAUUCAGGAGACACAUGAUAAUAGAACAACAGACAAGAGAUUGAAGGUUAAUGAAGAUGGGGAAGUUGAGAACAAGGUUAUGUCUUUUCAUGAACUAGAAGACUAUGAAAGCAACCUGGGUGGGCAAGGGUUAAUAAUAGAAAAUGAAUUUUUUUUUGCUUUUAAGCCAGAAGAAGAGGGUGAAGAGGUUGAAGGGUCCUUUGAGCAGGAAGAAUGUAAAAAAAAUUUGAGACCUAUUCAGGAACUGGGAGAGGUUGAGAAGAACAUUGUUCAGGAGCAAAAAAGAAGUGAGGACAAAGUUGAGGUGUCCAGUAAGCUGGAAGAAUGUGAAUUGACAGAGUUUCUGGAGCCAAUAGACAAUGAGAGACAGUGCAGUCCACAUCGGUCAGACUUCAUAAAUAUGGAGAAAAUAAUAGAGAACUUGGGGUGUGUAGAGGAAAGAAAGAGAAAGAAUGAAUCUGGUUUUCUGUAUGUAAAUCAAGAGAGAGAACAUUCCUGUCAGAGAGAAGCCGCUGAAAAUAUGUUAAGCAAUGUCUACGUGGGGGAAAAUAUUGUGGACCAUAUUCACUAUGAGGAAGAAAUUUAUGAAAGAAUUACAGAGGAUUGUGAAUUUGAUGAAAAUGAGAGGAUUCAAGAUGUCCAAGCAAGCGGGAAUGAACUUGAAGGAGCCACAAUUCUUAUGGAAGAAAAUGAUAGGGAAAGGAAAGAUAACAAAGAACCAGAAGUAAUUAGAGCAACUCGAACUGAUCCUAACUACGAGGAGAUAAAAGCAAAGGAAGCUGGCAAGACAACAAACACCUGUUCUAUCUAUGAGCCUGAUGUAACUGAGAAGUUGAGGGUAUCUCAGGUGGCUGAUACAAUUAUUGAAAAUGAUGAAGCUCUUGAAGUAACACCGGAGGUUUAUUCAUGUGAGAAUCACGAAGAACCGGAAUCUGUUCAAGAGGCUGAUGAUUUCAGUGAGAAACAUGCAGUUGAGACUUCUGCCUUCAUUCAAGAUGCCCUUGAGCUCAGUGAAGCAGUUAAUCAAAUGCAAGAUACAUUUGAAACAGUUUCCUUUGAAGGUGUUGCCACAAAUAUUGGUGAAACUGACAUAAAGGUUAGGCAAAAUGAAGAUCAGUGCUUGGAAAAAGCAGAAAAUGACUGCAAUCUGGCAACGCUUGUUGAAGAAACAACUCCUGAGGCUGUAGAAAUCUGUAAGGAUGCAAAGGAGGCUAGAGUUGCAUUAAAUGAAGAGAUAGAUGAGAAUCAAUCUAUCUCCUCCAAUGAGGAAAAUUUGUUUGACAAUGAACACAAUAUAGAAGCAUCUCAGAUACCUAGUACGUCGGAAUGGAAAUCAAGCCCCUUCAAAGAAGAUGAGGUUAAAUCAAUUCACAGCAAUCUUAAGGAGAGCGAUCAAGUUUCCAUGACAAUGGAUGAGAAGGAGGCUAAUGGUAAUUCACAAAAGUUAGAGCUGGAAAAGGAACACCUGAAAAAAAUUGAUGAAGCAAAAGAGAGGCAAAGAGAAAGAGAAAAGGAGAAAUUAGCCGUAGAAAGAGCAAUUCGUGAAGCUCGUGAAAGGGCAUUUGCUGAUGCCAGAGAAAGGGCGACUCUAGAGAGAGCUGCUGCUGAAGCACGUCAGAAAAACAUUUCUGAUGGACGAGAAAGGCUAGGAAAAACCAAUAGUCAAGCAAAUGACAAGACACGGGCUGAGAAGGCUGCUAUGGAAGCAAAACUUAAAGCUGAACGUGCUGCUGUAGAGAGAGCAACUGCAGAGGCACGAGCCCGUGCCCUGGAAAGGGCACUAUCUGAGAAGGCUGCCUCUGAAGCCAGAAAUAAAUCUGACAAGUCUGUUGCAGAGAAGGGCUUUGGUGCUUCCAGAGAUAAUGGAAUGAAGCAGAACUUCCACUCAAAAUCUUUCAGCUAUGGUGAAGUUCGUGAUUCUACUGAUGUAUUUAAUGGAGCUGAUGGUGAUUCUGCUCAGAGAUGUAAAGCUAGGUCCGAGAGGCAUCAGAGAAUAGGGGAACGUGUGGCAAAGGCUCUUGCAGAAAAGAAUAUGCAUGAUUUGCUUGUGCAGAAGGAGCAACAGGACAAAAAUAGGCUAGCAGAAGCUCUCGAUGCUGAUGUCAAAAGGUGGUCAAGUGGAAAGGCAGGAAACUUGAGGGCAUUGCUUUCAACAUUACAAUAUAUCCUUGGGCCCGAUAGUGGUUGGCAACCGAUUCCUUUAACAGAUAUAGUAACCAACACUGCAGUAAAGAAAGCUUAUCGUAAAGCUACUCUUCUUGUGCAUCCUGACAAGCUGCAGCAGCGGGGGGCAAGCACUCAACAAAAGUACAUUUGUGAGAAGGUUUUUGAUCUUCUAAAGGAAGCUUGGAACAGAUUCAACAUGGAAGAACGGUAAACAGCAAUCAGUGUUGCGCUGCCAGAUCGCAAUGCGCACGGUGGUGACGAUUCUUUCAAGUGUAUUGUUCAAUGAAAAUUAAGCUCAUGUUUUAGCUGGCCUGCCAGUGGAACUUUCAAUAUAUAGCUCAUCUUGUACUGUUCCGCAUUUUCUUUAUUUAAUUUGUUCCGCUUAAAUCGGGCCUUUAAUCUAGGAAUAAUUUACCC